AGGAAACGUCGAGGAAAUCUUCCCAAAUCUGUGACAUCCGUUUUGAAAUCAUGGCUCGUUCAAAAUGCCAUUCACCCCUAUCCCACAGAAGAAGAAAAGAUGCGUCUUUCCGAAGCAACUCAGCUAUCAAUGAACCAAAUCAGUAAUUGGUUCAUCAAUGCUCGGCGACGUAUCUUACAGCCUAUU